CAUCGCAAGACUCGGCUAAUUGUGAGUUAGAAAGGAAAUGUCGACUACGACAAAAUGAACUCUUUGUUCAUUUGAACAUAAAUAUUACGAAGGAAGCGUUAGAGGCUAUGAAACAACUUUCAAGGGGAGUUUUUUGUGGGGCGCGUACUAUGGAGGAUUACAAUACAUAUAAACUGUUGAAUGUCUUGGAAGAUGGAUGCCAUAUCAGAGUGGGACAAUAUGAGUUGCUCAAGGAACUGUUAAAAAAAUCUGGCGUUGCAAGGUUUGUGGAAGAUGUUGAGAAAGCGGAGGAUGAUAUAAGGAAAUUAUGCCAAAGAGCGUUAUGUCCCCCUGAGGUAUUUGACGGAGAUCCCGACCAUGUCAAGGCUUUAAAAGAGCAUUACGAGAAAAUCUGCACAGCACUCCAAAAAGUUUCAACACUUGCUGAUGUAACCAAAACUCUCAAACGUCACAAAAUCCUAGACGAUCAGCACCGAAUAGGAACAUCUGGUCAUAAAGCAGCACAGAAACUGAUGAACAUUGUCAUGAAUAAAAGAAACAAGGGUCUAAGAGCAAUGAGGGUCUUGGCUUGUGCACUACUGCGUGCAGGUCAAGAGGAGUUGGCAUUUAAUAUACUGACCACACAGUACUCAUGGGAAAGAGGAGCAGGCCGUGAUGUUUGGAUACCUAGGGGUAUGAGGAAAAUACUAAGUGCAUACUUAGAGAUAACUGAAAACCUAUCUGAACCAGACCUUCAUCUUGUACUUGAUCAUCUUGUCAGCAAACGCAUGGUCAGUGAGGAUGAAAGAGCUGCCAUACUUCAGCAGCCAUCCAGAGUGGAGAAAGUCCAGGAGAUGCUGGACACUCUACUUUCAGGGGGCAGGGAGGGAGUGAGCUGGUAUCUGUAUGAUGCUUUGCUACUUGUAGAGCAGGAUGACAUGGCAGACGGCAUGUUAAUCAGUUGGCCCAUGUUGGAAUGGGAGCUUCUAUCCAGAUACAGAUACGAUCAACGUGAACUAAUACACGAUAUCAGCAUCAGAAAAGAACCCAUUACAAUAUCCUGGGAGAGAGAUCCUCCAUCCAUCAUUUCACAGCCAGCAACUGCCACACGUAUGGCAACAGAGGAUCGUGUGGUCUCCUGGAAGGUCACUGAAUCCAGGCAUGGCAGCUUUUUGAAGUCCACUAUCUGUGGGCAGUGGGUAAACUCCGGUGCUGAAUCUGGACAGAGGGAAUGGGGAGGUUACAAGGCAGUCAUAGACAUAGAAACAGUGGAAGAGAUUUUAGGAAGCCAUGCAAUGAAGCGAGGGCAGACGGUGCAGGAGAUCUUGGCCAGCAUGCCAGAUGUACCCAAGGAAACGCUGUUCAUUCUUAACGUGACCCAGCGCCCCGACCUGAAAACCAAGUGGAAGCGCUUGCUCGCAGGGAAAAUUUUUCCUGGUGCCAAGGUUCUACUUUUUGAGGGCAGUGACGACCAGGGGAUAAAACGAGGAGGGAAAAAGAGGAAACUUAAUGGAUGUUCGUGUGAGCUUAAUGGGGAAGGAAUAGAGGGCCCAGGGCUCAGCGCUGAAUUUCUGUCCCGUUUCGUAGACAAUGACCUAGGUACUGUCACGUUGUAGUUAGAAAAUAAAGAAAAACGAUCUGACUGAGGGUAAGAGGACAAAAAACCCUGGCUCCAGUAUUGGUCAGUUGGUAUUUUCAAUGUGAAGGGAAAAAGCUGCUGAGUGAAUCUUUAAUAUGUGACUGAAAAUCGAAAAAAGUUUGUUCAUAGGAUACAUAGAAAAGGCGUGGCAGCAAGUUGUCAU